AUGAGAUGGGAGUUUCUUGACAUGGGAAUCAAGCCCAUUCUCUCACGCACAAGCGAUGGCAAGAGGAUCAGGGGAGAUAGAUCCAACACAGGGAACUUGAUGCCUUUCCUUGAUCAUCUCCUCACCUACAAGAUCACAGCCUACAACACUAGACAUCAACGAGGGAGGCGCCUAAGUGUUGGAGGGCUCAUCACUCCUAUCUUGUGUGCUGCUGGAGUGAACCCAACUGAUAGGAGAGCCACUGAACCAGGUUGGAUGGACAUCAAGUUUUGCAAGACCAACCUCCUCAUUGAGCACAAGGAGUUGGAUGGGAGGUUCCAAUUCAAGUUCACACAUCCAUUGGCUGGCCCUCCAAGCUUCUCCUGCCCAACCCAGAGCUCACCACAGUAG